GCAGAAGCGAGAGAGAGAGAGGAAAGAGAAACUGAAGAGAAAACAAGAUAGGAAGGAAGAGAAGAGAAGGGAGCAUUGAAACCGUUCGGAGAAAAAUCGGAGAGGGCGUUGUUCCCACGGAACCCUAGCCAUCAGCCUCCGUUGUCAAUGGCGUUCUUCUCCGCCGUCUUUGCCGUCGGGAAACAUUUCCGGCGACGUUGAACUUCCUCUCCUCGAUUUCCCCGCCGCCGGAAAUGGCUCCGGCGCCGGCGGAGAGCGUGGUGUUGUUCGCGUUAGAUAGGGAGCCGCAUGCGCUAGAUCUUAAUGUUAUUUUCUUUCUAACUGACUGACUGACUCACUGACGAAUCUGUUGCGACGAUCGUAACUAACCGGGAGGAGAGGUCGUUACGGCCGUUACGGGCUGGGUGUUUCUCCGGCGGAAAUGGCGAAGGGAGGGCAAUGCUUCUUCGAGAAGCUUCGGCGGUGCGUUCGGACGGUUUUCUUCGUGGUGGCAUUGGUGGCGUCGUUGGCGGUUACGUCGCUGCCGGUGGUUGUGGCGGUGGUUGACGUUUUGGUGCCGUGCUUUUUGAUUUCGAACUUCACCUGUGUCAAGUGUUUCAGCUUCAAGGAGCAUUUUCACCGUUACGCUUUCAACAGUUCCUUGAUGGACAUUCCGCUCGUUUCGGUCAUAAGAUCGCUUAUCAUUCUCUGUGUUUAUUCCGUUUGUGAUGCUCCUGCUCUCUCACACGGUCCUUACCUUGGAACUGUGACUCUGUGCUCCUUUCUGUCGAUUGUUCUCCUUUCGGUCAAAGCUUGUGUGUUCACUGUAAAUUCACAUAUCGAAGCGGAGGCUUCAGCUUCCUUCAGGAAGCAGAGACUUCAUUUGAAGAAGCCAUGGGGAAUGCCUGUCUUGUUUCUUUCAUCAGUCGUGUUUGCCCUUGGCCAUACUGUGGUUGCUUAUAGAACCAGCUGCAGAGCACGCAGAAAGCUCUUGUUUCAUCGAGUUGACCCUGAAGCUGUUCUAUCGUGCAAAAAUGUUUUCUCUGGCUAUCCAAAGGUCCCACGAUCUCCCACUCCUUCUGUUGGGAGAACCCCCAAAAGUGACUAUGAAACAAGGCGAAGACCUUUUGGGACUGCUCGUGAUGAAGAACUGCUUGUCAGAUUACUUGCAAACUCUGACAGCUUAUUCAUUACAUGCCAAGGACUUACACUGCAUUACAAGCUAAGCUUGCCAGGUUCACUUCCACAUUCGUUGUCUUCAAUGUCCUGUAUUGAGUCAAAUUCUAGCCGCAUUACUUCAGCAAUGGCUGCUGGGUUGGCAAAACCUAAUAAACAUUUUAUAAGUACAUCUCCGAAUGUCCAGCCACAAUUGUACAGGAGCUAUAGCAAUCAAUUCCAUGGCCCAUCACUACAUGUUCCUCUAUUGGAUGGUCCUAUAACUUCUAUUAUUUCUGAAGAUGUCCCCGUUUUUCACCUCGAUGGUAUUUGUGAAGAUGAAACUAAUAAAUUAGAUUUUCAAUCUAUGGACAAAAAUGCAAAGAAUGUUGGCCAAUUAGGUCUUGUUUUAAUUCAUGGGUUUGGUGGAGGAGUCUUCUCUUGGAGGCAUGUGAUGGGAUCUUUAGCUCGGCAGAGUAAUUGCUCAGUUGCUGCAUUCGAUAGACCUGGUUGGGGAUUAAGUUCAAGGCCUCGCAGGGAGGACUGGGAGGAAAAAGAGUUGCCUAAUCCUUAUAAGCUUGAAACUCAGGUUGACCUGCUUUUAUCAUUCUGUUCGGAGAUUGGAUUUUCUUCAGUGGUGUUAAUUGGGCAUGAUGAUGGAGGAUUGCUGGCCCUUAUGACUGCACAAAAAAAUAAAUCAUCACUGAAUUAUUUCAAUGUUGAUGUGAAAGGGGUUGUAUUGCUAAAUGUCAGCUUGUCCAGGGAAGUGGUUCCAUCCUUUGCAAGAAUUCUUCUGCAUACCUCACUUGGAAAGAAGCAUUUGGUUCGCCCUCUACUAAGAACAGAAAUCACUCAAGUGGUGAAUCGGCGUGCUUGGUAUGAUCCUACCAAAAUGACACAAGAAGUUUUGACCCUCUACAAGGCUCCACUAUUUGUAGAAGGAUGGGACGAGGCACUUCAUGAGAUUGGUAAAUUGUCAUCCGAAACCAUCCUUUCAACUAAAAACGCAGAAUCAUUAUUACAAGCUGUAGGAGACAUUCCAGUGUUAGUCAUUGCAGGUUCUGAGGAUUCCCUUGUUUCUUUGAAAUCAUGUCAAGCUAUGGCCUCAAAACUUGUAAAUUCUAGAUUGGUUGCCAUAUCUGGAUGUGGCCAUUUACCCCAUGAAGAGUGUCCAAAGGCAUUGCUUGCAGCUAUCUCACCCUUCAUCAAUAGACUCUUAUUUACAUCUGACUUGCAAAGCCAAUAAGUUAAUUUCUUUUAAAGCUGAUCAUACAUAGGGUUGUUAUCUAUUUAAGGGUCCACGAUCUUCCUUCUUUUUUUUCCAUAAUUGUUUUGGUUUUUUCCCUCCUCCCAUUUCUUUCUAAACGAUGUUACUUCAAGAGAAAGAUACUAAAUAUCAUCUUUCUCUGGAGUAUUUUUUGACGUGUUAGUUUUAGGGCUUUAACCUUUCAGUAACUUCUCCCCAUCUUUUCUCUCUUUUUAAGCUGUCAAUAUUGUGUUUCCUUUCAUCUGCUUGUCAUUUUUCCCACUUGAAGAGGGUGGAGAAACAGUAUACAUUUGUAAAUUCAUCACCAGAUUGAGAAUGAAUAUAGUUUAGCACUGUUUUGUUUCUGUUCA